AUGACUCAACCCCUUCCUUCUCAUACUUCAAAUAUCAAGAUAGAUACAGAUCCGAACCUUCCCAUUCCAUAUCCCGAACAUGAUUUCCAUCCACUUUCUCCUUCUCAGCCCUACUCCAACUCCACCGGUUGGACUAAUCAAUACGAUACUCAAUUCAAUCUUCCCGAUAAACUCCGUCAUCUUACUACUUUCUCUGGUCUACCUCCGAAAGGAUAUAUAAUGACUUACAGCGGGAGAGGUGAUCCCCUAAAGUUCCAAGGUUACUUUGCAGCCAGAGUAGAUAUCUCCGUAAGAUUAAAUCCUAACCAUCCUUCUAUCAUCAACCUUACUAAUACCAUCUCAGAGAAGAGUGACUACAAGUACAGCUAUGACCUUGAUAAUCCAUUGGUUCAAAACGCCUAUGAGGGAUACAUCCUACGUACGUUAUUCUCUGAAUCUUUCCGGAUUAACGCUUCGAAGAAACGUACCAAUACAGAUGAGAUCUAUCAACCUACCCGUGAAACCAUUACUGAAAAUACCCAAUCGCUCAAACAAGCUUCUGAGCAAUUACUAGAAAAUCGGAAUAGUGAAUUUGAAUUCGUUUGGGUAAAUUACGAUAAUCAAUCUGAAUGGUCAAAAGAUAAAAAAUCAUUAGGUCCUCUAAAGCUCAGUGAAAGUUUGAAGAGACAAGCUUGUUCGAGAGCUAAUAUGAUGAUGAAUAAUGGGAAAGGAAGUUUCAAAGGUGGUGAAAGAAGAAUAGGAGGGUAUUUGGAUUUGGAUGUUCAUAAUGAUAAUAGAGAAUCUCUAGGGUUAAGACCUAGACCUGCCUGA